GCCACAAGAAAAGCCAUUGAGGAAGCUAAAGAAAAACUAAUUAUGCCUCCUGUUUUGAAUGAACGAGAGCCAAUUGACGAUGUCUUAGCAGAAGACAAAUUCCUUGAAGGAACUGAAACUACAAAAUAUGUGUUUACAGAUUUAACUUACUCCAUUCCACAUCGUGAGCGUUUCAUUGUAGUUAGAGAACCAAAUGGCGUAUUACGCAAAGCAACCUGGGAAGAACGAGACAGAAUGAUACAGAUAUUCUUCCCAAAAGAAGGGCGCAGAGUUAUUCCCCCAGUGAUAUUCAAGGAUGAACACCUUGUGACUGUGUUCAAGCAAGACCGUCACGAGGAUAUCCUUAACAUGUGCAUUGCUCAGUUUGAGCCAGAUUCAGCUGACUAUAUCAGAGUUCAUCAUCGGACAUACGAUGACAUUGAGAAACAUGCCAAAUAUGAUCUGCUCCGUUCAACAAGACACUUCGGAGGAAUGGUGUGGUACCUAGUGAACAGAAAGAAAACGGAUGGCUUACUAAUAGAUAUGAUCCACAGAGAUUUGCUGGAUGAUGCUACAAGUUUAAUUACAUUGUAUCAUAUGCUUCAUCCGGAAUGUCCAUCAGCAAAAGAAGCUAAAGAAGGGAAACUUCAAGGAGUUGAUCUGAUCAAGGUAUUUGUGAAAACUGAGUCACAGAAAGAAGGCUACAUACAACUGGCCCUCCAGGCUUAUGAAGAAGCAAUGGCUACUUCUACUGCCUCAUGAAAUAAACCUUAGUUCAUCUUAAGUUUUAAGUCUGUUUAUAAAAUGUUCUCUGUACAGGAUUCUACAAUAAAUACUAUAAA